AUGCCCGAGGGCUUGGACAUUGACUUCAAGAGCCCGCUCAACGGCGUCGUCUCGGGGUACGCUGAGCAGGUGCUCGUGUGCACGGGGCAGGACGACUGGGUGUCGAGGAUCGAGGAGGAGAAUAGCGGGGAUAACCUCGCGGCGGAUUUAAAGGAGUUGUUUGGCCGCGGGGGGACGUAUAGCGAUCCCUGGCACAAUAUCUCAACCCUAAACGCCUCCUUCCCCUCCUCGGUCCCCGAGCGGAGCGAGCUGCAGACCACGAGCGCCUACCUCCUCCCGAGCUUCAAGUACGUGCCCUUUUUACCGCGCGUCAGCUUCGACAGCGUCCAGGCGCUCGCAAAAGGCUACCUCCUACCGGAGAAGCUGCACAGGAUGCACGACGGGGGCCUGUCGCCGAUCCACCGGGACCGGCUGACGCGCAAGGAGGCGUACCGGUCGCUGCUGUACGGGGUCCGGGACGUGAAGGAGGUGCUCGUGUUGAUUUGCGGGCACGGCGGGCGGGAUAUGCGGUGCGGCGUCAUGGGGCCCGUGUUGAGGGAUGAGUUUGAGAGGAGGUUUAAGGGGGUUGGGGUUGGUGUUUUGAGGGGGCCUGUUGUGGUUGAUGAGAGUGGUGAGGGGGAGGCUGGGAGGAUUGCGGCGCCUGAGUCGGCUGAGGGCGGGGAUGGUGAGGGGGAUAAUCAGAAGAUGUCGGCGCGGGUUGGGUUGAUUAGCCAUAUUGGCGGGCACAAGUUUGCGGGGAACAUCAUCAUCUACAUCCCGCCUGGGCAGCUUAUGGCUGGUGGGGAGAAGCAUCCUCUGGCUGGGAAGGGUAUUUGGUAUGGUAGGGUUGAGCCGAAACACGUUGAGGGUAUCGUCAAUGAGACGGUUCUCGGGGGUCGCGUCGUUGCUGACAUGUUCCGGGGUGGUAUUGAUGAGGAUAGAAAGAUCAUCAGGCUCUGA